AUAUUGAAAGUUAAAAAAGCUAUGGCCUUUGUCGCUGCUCAGGGAAUCAUCCCCCUGUACGCCGCCGCUCUAGACGACUUCUCCGCAGACCGUAACCUCCCCGCCCUCCGUCGCGUCCACUCUCGCCUCCUCGUCCUUGGCCUCGCCCGCCACCGCUUCCUCCGCUCCAAGCUCUGCGCCGCCUACGCCUGCUGCUCCCGCCUCGCCGACGCCCGUCGCCUCCUCCGCCUCUGCCCCCGCCCCUCUACCUUCCUUUUCAAUUCAUUCCUCCGCGCCGAGACCCCACGCACCGCCCUACUCCUUUUCCGGCAUAUGGUUUCCCACCGGUCCCCUGCUCCUGAUGGCGCAUCCUUCGCCUCCGCUCUCCGCCAUACCGCCGCCCUCCCCUCACUCCGCCUUGGAUGCACCAUUCAUGCCGUCGCUAUAACCGCCGGGAUCCUCUUGGACCCUGACCCCCUCGUUCGCAACUCACUCAUCACCAUGUAUUCCAAAUGCGGCGAUCUCGCUUCCGCCCGCAGAGUGUUCGACGGAAUGUCCCGCAGGAGCGUCGCCUCGUGGACCGCCAUGAUCUCUUUGUGCGGUGCCCACGGACGGGCGCCAGACGCGGUGGCUCUGUUCGGCAGGAUGGUGGAGGAGAUAGGGGAAGCAGGGUUGGACGGGCCAGCAAUGACGGCGGUGCUUGCGGCGUGUGCGAAAGGCGGCCCAGCAGAGGCGGAGUUUGGGCGGCGGGUGUUUGAGAUGAUGAGGGACAGACGGCUGGGCGGCGUGCUGCCGGGGGUGGAGCAUUACACUUGCAUGGUGGAUCUGUUCGGGCGGGCAGGGCGCGUGGAGGAAGCGGAGGCUUUGAUCGAGGAGAUGGACGGGGAGCCCGACGAGGCGAUGUGGGCUGCUCUCCUCGGCGCUUGUCGAGAGCAUGGCCGGCUCGACGUGGCGGAGCGGGUGGCCGACCACUUCUACGGUGGCUUCAGAUUUAGUCCCAUUUCUCCGAGACUCCCCCAAACAUUACAUUAGGCUGCAAAGAAAUAAAAAGGAUAAUUUAUAUUCCAGAACUCAUCAUGCUCGCGAUGUUCUACGCUCAAUUCACCCUUUUCUUUCUACUUGCACUCUUCGCCUAGCAGUUAAUAGGAGGGU